AUGUUGCAGAACAAGUCCUUCGUCAAGAGAACCAGAGGAGGCAAAAUCACCAAGGUCGUGAGAGAGCACUAUCUCAGACACGAUAUAUACUGCGGAGCUCCGAUAUGCAAAGUUUGCGAUACAUCCCAGGCUCGCUUGAGCCCUACGCCUUCCACCAUUCUCAUUUUCGAUACCAAUGUCGUUCUCAAUCAGAUUGAUUUGCUUGAGAACCCAGCAAUCGACGAUGUGGUUGUGCUUUCCAUUGUGCUUGAAGAGGUUAAGAACAGGAAUUUGUCUGUUUACAAUAGAGUUAGAGCUCUCUGCAGCAAUUCUUUAAGGAAAUUCUUUGUUUUCUCCAACGAACACCACAAGGAUACAUAUGUUACGGAAAUGAGCGGAGAGAGUAAAAAUGAUCGAAAUGAUAGAGCAAUUCGGGUGGCCGCUCAAUGGUAUCAAACUCAUCUUGCUGGUUCUGCUCGGAUUUUACUUAUAACUAAUGACAAAGAGAAUAAGAGAAAGGCUAUUGAAGAGGGAAUUUCUGCAGAAACAGUGGAGUCUUAUGUGAGGUCAUUGAGUCGACCAGAUUUGCUUGACCUGCUUGUUCAGCCUGCAUCAGAAGAUGUAAACAUGGAGGAAGUUGAAGAUUUGAGACCAUCAAAGAGGAAAAUCAUUUACACAGAGCAUAAGCCCAUGUCUGAGAUUACGUCUGGUUUGCAUCGCGGUAUAUACCAUCAAGGCAAACUUAGAGUGAAUCGUUACAACCCAUUUGAAGCCUAUGUUGGAAGUGAGAGCAUUGGUGAUGAGAUUAUAAUCUAUGGACGUACAAACAUGAAUAGGGCUUUUGAUGGGGAUAUAGUGGCAGUUGAGCUUCUGCCUCAGGAUCAAUGGCAUGAGGAGAAAUCUCUAGCUCUAGCAGAUGAAGGUGGGUCUUAG